AUGAGGCUCGGCAUAUGGAGUUAUUUAAUCCUAAGCAUAUCGUCAUUGGUGUCAGCUAUCGACUUGGAUACGAGUUCUAAAGACUCUAUUUGUUCUGCGACGUCGCUGAUUCAACAGGGUAUUGUGGACUACUACGAUGGUUAUAAAUAUGGUGGUAGUGUGGGUAUGUUCACACAGCCAUACUAUUGGUGGGAAGCAGGACUUGUCUUUGGAGGUAUGAUCGAAAACUGGUACCUAUGUCAAAACAAUUCCUAUCAGAAUCUUCUUUAUGAUGCCAUGAUCGCUCAGACUGGUUCCAACUACGACUUCAUGCCUAACAAUCAAACUAUGGUUGAAGGUAAUGAUGAUCAAGGUGUGUGGGCAUUAACAAUUAUGAGUGCUGUUGAAAGAAACUUUACAAACCCAAAGAAGGCCGGUGCUCCAGAUUGGCUAGCUAUGGUACAAGCUGUUUUCAACGAGAUGUACUCUCGUUGGGACCCAGCUCACUGUGGUGGUGGUUUAAGAUGGCAGAUUUUCACUUGGAAUUCAGGGUAUAAUUAUAAGAAUACAAUUUCUAACGGGUGUCUCUUUCAAUUGGCAGCUAGACUAGGGAGAUACACUGGUAACCAAACUUAUCUAGAUGUUGCUGAAAAGGUCUUCAAUUGGCUAACGGAUGUUAAUUAUGUCGUCUUAAAGGAUGAAGCAAAUGUGUACGAUGGUGCCAAUAUCGAAGAGAACUGUACGAAUAUCAUCAAGUAUGAAUGGUCUUAUAAUCAUGGUGUUGUGCUAGGAGGUUGUGCAUACAUGUACAAUGCUACUAACGGCUCUGAGGAAUGGAAAAGUCGUACAUCGCAAAUUCUAGGUGGUGCAACAUCCUUCUUUUUUGAUAAUAACAUCAUGUAUGAGAGUACAUGUCAAUCAGAAAAGCAAAUGACUUGUAAUACAGAUCAACGUGUUUUCAAGGCUAUAUUUUCCAGAAUGUUGGGUUACACCGCAGUUCUUGCUCCAUUCACACUUGAUACUGUCAACCCUCUAAUUGAAGCCAGUGCAACAGCAGCAGCUAAAUCAUGCUCAGGUGGUACAGACGGACACACCUGCGGACUGAACUGGUUCAAAGGAAGUUGGGAUGGCCAAUAUGGUCUCGGUGAACAAGCUUCCGCGCUUGAAAUAAUGAACCAACUGCUAAUUCAUGAAAGACCACCACCUCUUACCGAGAAGACUGGUGGUUCGGCUCGUGGUGACCCUAAUGCUGGUUUGAAUGUUUCUACUACAAACGUUCUACAAAAGAAGUUAACAAUUACUGGUAGUGAUAAAGCCGGUGCAGGUGUUAUUACAGCAGUUGUAAUAGGUGUUCUAGUAUUAGGCUCUGUAUGGAUGAUCUAUUAG